AAGAAUGACACUGAGUGAUGCCGAAGACGUGAUCUUAUUUACUACUUUGCAUGUAUUUGGGUUUCUAUUUGUGCCCUUCGUAAUUCUUUGGUUUAUUUAUUGGAGAAGAUCGCAAAGAAAUUUGAUAGUACUUGCAGAGAAACUUCCAGGGCCCAAGGGAUGGCCUAUUAUUGGAAACGCCUUGGAUUUCAUAGGAACAUCUCCCGAUAUAUUUACGAACGUAUACAAACACACUUACGACUACGACCGUAUAAUUCGGUUGUGGAUAGGACCCAAGCUGAUGGUAUUCUUACUCGAUCCACGCGAUGCUGAAAUUAUUUUAAGUAGUCACGUGCACAUUGACAAGUCGGCCGAAUACAAAUUCUUUAAACCUUGGCUUGGCAAUGGUUUAUUGGUUAGCACCGGUCAAACAUGGAGAUCGCAUCGAAAAUUAAUAGCGCCCACUUUUCACCUGAACGUGCUGAAGGGUUUUAUUGAUUUAUUUAAUGUGAACAGCAAGGCUACCGUGGAGAAAAUGAAACUGGAAGAAGGGAAAAUCUUCGACUGUCACGAUUACAUGUCGGAAGCUACGGUGGAAAUGUUGCUGGAGACGGCAAUGGGGGUAAGCAAAACUACGCAAGACCAAAGCGGCUUCGAGUACGCUAUGGCAGUAAUGAAAAUGUGCGAUAUUUUACACUUGCGACAUACCAAAUUGUGGUUAAGGCCAGACUGGCUAUUCAACUUAACGAAGUAUGGAAAAAUUCAGAAACAUCUUUUACACAUAAUCCACGGCUUAACAAAGAAGGUCGUGAAAAAUAAAAAAGAGUACUUCAAUCAAGGAAUGCGUGGUACCGCUGCUGUGGUACCACGGGAAAUGCAAUCAAAUCAACAUGGCACACACAAGACGUCUGUUGAAGGAAUUUCGUUCGGGCAAUCGAUCGGUUUGAAAGAUGAUUUAGAUGUUGACGAUAAUGAUGUAGGUGAAAAGAAAAGGAUGGCUUUCUUAGAUUUGAUGAUUGAAGCAUCUCAAAACGGCGCCAACAUAACGGAUGAAGAAAUUAAAGAACAAGUCGACACCAUCAUGUUUGAAGGACACGACACGACAGCCGCAGGCAGUAGCUUCUUUCUAUCUCUAAUGGCCGCUCACCCGGAGGUGCAAGAUAAAGUAAUUAAAGAAAUGGACGAUAUAUUUGGAAGCUCCGAACGUUCUGCGACUUUUGCUGAUACCUUAGAAAUGAAAUAUCUCGAAAGGUGCAUCUUAGAAACUCUUCGAAUGUAUCCUCCGGUCCCUGUUAUAGCCAGGCAGCUGAAGCGGAAUGUUCCAUUGGCAAAUGGUGACUACACCUUGCCUAAUGGGUGUACAGUAAUUGUUUGCACAUACAAAAUCCAUAGACUUCCGCACAUAUAUACAAAUCCAGAUAAAUUUGAUCCUGACAACUUUCUACCAGAGCGCACCUCCAAUAGGCACUACUAUGCCUUCAUACCAUUCAGUGCCGGACCAAGAAGUUGCGUUGGGCGUAAAUACGCAAUGCUCAAGUUAAAGGUUUUACUCUCAACAAUCAUGCGUAAUUUUCGCAUCAAGUCGGAUUUAAAGGAAAAGGACUUUCAACUGCAAGGAGAUAUUAUCUUAAAGAGAGCUGAAGGAUUUAAAAUUAGACUGGAAUCUAGAAAACCGCUUAGUGGUUAAUGAUAGUAAUGUACACUAUUUUAGUAGGUAAUAACGGUAAAAUGAUACAAUGAGUCUCAGGUUGUAUAUAAAAACUUUCUUUUGAUGCGUAGGUUUUGAGAUGAUCAGCAAAACUUUUACGGGUUUUACCGUUUCAUGUACAUAACUAAUUAUUUACCUGAAAGCAUUUAAUAAACUAAAUAAUAUGGAAAUUUAUAAUGAGCAAUUCUUAAGAAUUUA